UUCCGGCUAGAUGUGAUCGUUCCUUUCUUGUAUCUACGCCACGGGGACCUGCCCAUUUUUGUUGAUCGGCUCUUCUUUGCCGUGCAUUCAGACGGAAAGAUCUAGGGCUUUCGUCUUUGGGGGCAACGAGGAGUUCUUGAAUUGAUUUGUGUAGUGAGUGCUGCGCGUUAUAUGAUCGUUCUUGGUCUGUGGAUUUAUCAUAAACCACGGUGUAGAAAUUCUGUUCCCCAAUGAGAUCUCUUCUUGAAGUUCUUACAAGAACUAUGGUUCUGUUGUAUAGGAAGAAUCGUGGUUAUUCACGUGGAUUAAAAGAUCCUUUCUGGUAGAAUACGGAAUUUUUUAUUAUAAUUAAGUGUUUGAAGUGUAAUGAAGAAAGUGUCGGUCAUUUGGGUUGCUUGAUCACAGCGUGUGUUUAGUUGUCGAUGAUUGCGCAAGAUUUGAAGGGAAUUUUCUUAUUUCAUUCUCUGGCUUAUUCGAGCUAUGAUUCAGGCAACAUUGCUUCCUUGUUUCAUAAGCAGUUUCUGGUAGAAUGAAGCGAGUGAAGUCCGAUUUGAAUCCUCAUGCCGCUCCUUAUAUACCUCGUUCAAAACUUUUUUCUGGAACAAUAUACAAGUCUGCAGAAAUGGCAAUUAGUCCUGGAAAAUACAAGGCUACUAAGAAGCCUAUGGAAUAUCAGCUUCCAAACUCCUUGAACUAUGACACUAAGGACUUUGAAAGACUUAGUCUUUCUAGUGAAUUGGCCUCAAAAAUUGGCCAGCACAACUAUUCGGAUAACACUUUUCAAGAUGAAAGUAGUGGAUGGGAUGCUUCCUAUGUGAAACUGGAUCCUCUUUCAUCAAUGUUUCCUGAUAUUUCUGUGGAAUAUCUAGCUGCUAUUCUUGCUGCAAACCAGGGUGAUCUCCGGGAGACAAUUGAUGUCCUGCAGGAGUUUAAGUAUGAAGGUGAUGGAUCCGAGUACUAUUUCAAAGCUGCCAAGACCAGCAACAGUUGCAAUCUUACUUCUCGGCAAGCCAGUUGCACUAUUGAAGGUGCUGAGACUGGCAACAGAUUUGAUCUUGCAUCUCAGAAGACCGGCAACAACUAUUUGGAUAACACUUUUCAAGAUAAAAGUAGUGGAUGGGAUGCUUCCUAUGUGAAACUGGAUCCUCUUUCAUCAAUGUUUCCUGAUAUUUCUGUGGAAUAUCUAGCUGCUAUUCUUGCUGCAAACCAGGGUGAUCUCCAGGAGACAAUUGAUGUCCUGCAGGAGUUUAAGUAUGUAGGUGAUGGAUCCGAGUACUAUAUCGAAGCUGCCAAGACCAGCAACAGUUGCGAUCUUACUUCUCUGCAAGCCAGUUGCACUAUUGAAGGUGCUGAGACCGGCAACAGAUUUGAUCUUGCAUCUCAGAAGACCAGGUCAAGCAAGUAGGACAAAUGAUUGGAGUUGAUUCCGAUCUGAUCAUAUUAGUUGGGUUACACUUGGGACAUGAAUCUUGUAUAGAUAGAUAUACAUUUUUUUUUUGGUUAAUUCGACGGUUGAUAAAAUACUAGGGUUUUAACCUUUUGCUUGUGGUUUACAUAAUAGUUGUAGGUGAAUCUUGCACAGUAAUGUCAAAUUUCCUGGCUUUUCACAAAGCCAACCAGCUC